CAAUACGCACUACAAAUCGGUGUUAAAGCGACGACUUGUCUGGCUGUAUACAUCCCAAAUGGUUCUAAUCGGAAUUCAAAAGAACCAAAACUAAGGUUACACCUCCUCGCCCAAAACUUAAAGCGCCAGCUUCGCCGAGCAAACAACGAAACAUUACGAAUGUUUACGACUGUAGUUCUGUAUCGUGACGUCAUAUAAUUAGAGUAAAUACAAAGUAGAUGGCCGUGUCAGCGUGGUGUUUGUGAAUAGCUCUGUGAUUAUAUUGUUAAAAAAUAUGGGUAACAGUGAUAUACAGUUCGUUGGGGGACCCGUGGGCCACCAUGGCGCGUAUACGUUUUACAAGGCGUUCAAGUACAACAAAAACGGUGUCUGGAGAAUAGUGACAUUAAGUGAAUUCUUUUUUGUGAAAAUGUGGCGGGACAGUGACUUGUUGUGUAUAGGAGAGUUACAGUUAUUAUGGACUGAUAAAAACAGUGAACAAGUGCUAUCGAGCUUGAGGUUAUAUUUUCUCCCAGAAAAUACACCAGAGGGACGACUUGAUCAUGGAGAGGAUGAAGUUCUGGCAAUUUCUGAAAAAGUUGUGAUAAGACUCGAAGAUUUAAUAACGUUAAUAACUGUAGAGGCAGAAUGGACGUGGGGCCGUCUGGCGAAGAGUGAACAAGAUGUUAAAACAGUAGAUGAAAACACAGACGAAAACAAUAUUCCUGCCAAAAAACCAGCUGGAUUAAGUUUUACAAUACACAAUAAUGGACUGGAUUACUCUGAUGUGGAAGCAGAAAGAAAAAAUAUAGAAAAUGGCAAGACUUUGAAAGAUCCGCACGUAGUGAUCCUCAGUUUUCCUAAAUACUGCCGUUUCAGAGCGAUGAUGAAACGCCUAGAGGGCGUAGAGGAUAUUUACCUAAAAUACAAAAUAGUUAACGCCUUGGGAGGCUUCUAUGUAGUCCAUCCUAACACCAGGGUGCUUUUCUGUAGGGACACAUUCGAUUAUCCAGAACUAGAAGGCCACGAGUUGCUAUGUAAUCACCUGGCACCAAAGUUAAAGGGCCGACCUAGAGGACGGCGGAAAAAGAGAAGUGUUUCACCUGGAUCUGAGAGCAAUGAGUCUGAAUCUUCACUUACCACUAGUACAAAGGUUGAAAGUAAAAAUAUCGUUCCACCCGAAAGUACUGCGAAUCCUAUUCGAAGAAGUACGCGUUGUCAUGAAAAUAACGAAAACAGAGAGUUUGUCAGAAAGCUGGGAGCCUUCAUGAAGUCAAAUCGCACACCAAUAGGGAGAAUACCAUCUUUAGGUUACAAAGAAUUAAAUUUGCAUGAAUUCUUCACAAGAGUACAAAAACUUGGAGGCUACGAUUGCGUCACAACAAAUCGUCUCUGGAAGUCCAUAUUCGAUGAAAUGAGCGGCCAUCAAAACAGUACCAGCGCAGCUACAGUGAUACGACGUCACUACGAAAGGUUCUUAUUGCCGUAUGAACGCCAUAUUCACGGUGAAGAAUAUAAACCAUUGCCUGUAUCGGAACGAAGAAGAUUGAAAUACAAGCGAGGUAGCGGCAGUUUGAGCGAUGCAGAGUCUAGUAGUGACAGUUCUUCAGUACCUUCAACGUCCAGAAAAGCUUCUGUAUCGGAACCGGUGGUUGCCGAAAGCAAGGAACAUGUUAAAACAGAAGGAAAGACAUCUUCGUUGCGAAGUAUUCGAGUGAAAUCAGACAGACAAAAAGAUAAACAACUUCAAAGUGAAAAAGAUAACGCCAAUAACAAUAACAACAAUGAAAAAUGGCAGUCACCGAUAAAGACGGAACAGACAAAUGGCAGUAAAGCAAAAGUAGAAAAACUUGUUAUUAAAACAGAAAGUAUGACAGUAAAAACUGAGCUGUCAACAGUGAUAACUCAAUCCCAUCCAGUAAAAAUAGAAUAUGCUACCGUUAAAAGUGAAACACAAAAUGAAAACGCCGAAAUUAAAAUUGAAAACAAAAAUAUACCGGUUACAAUUUCAGUGAAAAUAGAGACCAACUUGCAAGCCGAAUCCACUCCUGUUAAAUUAGAAGAAUGUCCUUCAGUGAAGCUUGAAAAUGAUCCAGUUUCACAAGAACCAGAUAAUAGUAACGUAAAAGUUGAGGUAAUACCUAUCAAGACAGAACCACUUACCUCAGCUGCCACACCAGUAGCUAUGAAAGUACCGGUCAACGAGAUAAUGUCUCCCGUAGAAGGCAAAGAGAAUAUUCCAAUUAUAAAAUCGACAGAAAACAAUGUGGAGAUUAUAGAAGUCCCAUGUAGACCUAGGGUUUCAGAAAGUAGUCGCGUCGAAAAUGAAAGUUAUAGAAACAACUUUAUUCAUGAAAUAAAGAAGCGGAAACUAGAUAUUCUAAAGGAAGGUGGUUUAGAGGUCACGCCGGUUAGACCUGCUGUACAAAAAGAUGGAAGGCCUUCUGUUAUACAACCACCCCCUGUCCAGCUUAUACCCAAAUCGAUUAAAUCUGAAACUAUGCCACCUCCGACCAGUGUUCCCUUAAAAAGAACUCAUAUAUCAGUUCCUCCAACAUUAAAUAUAAGCCAGAUACCCACUACUCCGACGAAAAAAUCUACUGGAUCUAGUUUUAGUUUUGUUAACGGUGCAUCGCCUCCAAAAGUAGUCCAAUCCAGAUCCAUUUAUUCCUAUUCUGAGAAAACUGUUUAUGGAAAUCCUAAAGAUAUUUUAAGCCCCAUGGUCCACGCUCCGAAAUUCGUAGAUACCGUUUCUAGACACACCGGAGGAGAUCCAGUUGAUUUGUCGGUGAAUAGUCCACAAAAGCCUAUAGUUGAAAUAAUGCGAGUUCCUCAGACUUCAUCCAGUUCGCCAUACAACAGAGAAAGUGUCACUAAAAACUUGUACAAGACGAGUUCUAUUAUGGACGGAAGAAGGUUAGGUCCCAACUUAGAAAUCACUUUAGUUGGUCCUAAUAAUAAAACCCAUCCGAAUAACUUACAGAAAAUGUACAACUAUCCACCCCAUUCUACAUCCCAAGCUUCUUUACCACAAAAACGAGUGCCCACUAAUUAUUACGCUUCUUCAAAACCGACAAAAGGCGAUGAAAAUGGUAAGUUCAAAUCAAACGGUUCUCAUCUGCAUCAUAGGGCAAAUAUGGACUUGAAUUUACUAAUGAAACAGGAAUCCGCCAAACCCGCGACAAGUAGACAGUCCCAACAGAAUUUAAAGCAGUUUUCAAAUCCUACAGUGCCAACAUUUCCACCGUAUUUAACACAACUUUACGAGCAAGCUAGUAAAGGUAUAUCGCCUUAUUUACCGUUCAUGGAUCCCACGAUGUACUACACUGCCGCUAUGCAGAAUAUAUAUUCGAGUAAUAACUUAAACUCUGCACCGAUUUUGCCCAUGCCCACACCAGAGCAGCUCAAAUUGUAUGCCGAAUUAAUGGCCCACGGCCGAAUACCGUAUCCUUUCCAAAUGCCUCACGAUAAUAACAAAUUGAAAAAACAGUAAGGUUUUUAAUUUUACAGGAGAAUAUAUAUGUUAAGGUACGUAUCCAUACGUUGGUGCUCCGUGUAGCUGCUCAAAUGGAUACGACAUGCGCUCCCCUACAUACAGGGUGGGGCAUUAGUGUGACAAAGUCCAAUUAUUCGUUUCUCGUUAGAGAUACGAAAAAAAGUUUACAUAAAAGUUGCGACACGGAUAGAAUAAUAAUUUGGAAAUAUUUUCAGAUAUACAGGGUUACCCUUAUUGACAGGGUGACACAAACUUAUGUUUUUGUAAAUGGAACACCCUAUAUAUUUUUACAUUUUUGAAUUCUCCUCGAUGACUUCUUUCUCAAAAUAUAGGGUUUUGUAAUAUUGUACGAUGUAGUUUAAAAGAUAAUUACGUUUUAUUGUUAAUUUCGUAACAACAUUCCCACCCUGUAGAAUUGUAGUGAUUUGACAUCAAAGUUUCUAUUUAUCGUCAAACGAUUUUUAAUAUAGUCUACU